AUCGAGCGAGUUGGCUCAAGUUGCCCUCCACGAUUAGCUGAAGGCGCAUCAGAUUUGACAGGGAAAGCUUACAUCCGCCUUGCUCAAGUCUUCGUCCGCCCCCAUCCGCCUUGCUCAGGUGAGACAGUGAGUCGUCACUUCAACAGAGUUUUAUUUGCAAUUGGGAAACUUGGACCAGAAAUGCUUAGGCAUCGAACACUUGAUACACCAUCAAAGAUUGAAGGCAACCCACGAUUUGAUCCGUAUUUUAAGGACUGUAUUGGUGCUAUUGAGGGUACACAUGUUCCAUGUAACGUUCCAUCUCGGAUAGUCGACAGAUUUCGUGGCAGGAAACCAUUCCCUACCCAAAAUGUUCUUGCGGCGGUUGACUUUGAUUUGUUAUUCACUUAUGUUUGUGCGGGCUGGGAAGGUUCAGCCCACGAUUCAACUGUUUUACGACAUUCUCUUGAGCAUCCAAAUGGCCUUAGAGUCCCUGAAGGUAAAUACUAUCUUGCGGAUGCGGGUUAUGCAGCUAGGAGAGAAUUCCUACCACCGUUCCGUCAAACUCGAUAUCAUUUGCGUGAAUGGAGGGGUAAUAAUAGACCCCGCACCCAGAAUGAGCUAUUCAACUUAAGGCACUCAUCCCUUCGUACAACCGUUGAAAGGCAUUUGGGACAUUAAAGAACCGUUUCAAAGUUCUGACAACUAGGCCUUACUAUCCCUUUCCUUCACAAGUAUAUGAGUCGUCAUAGCAUGUUGUAUCCUUCACAACUGGAUAUUACUAAACGGGGGUCCUGAUGAACUAGUCUACAGUGAGCACAACUGGUUUGAGCAAUAUCCAAGAUCAGCUGGCCGUGUCCAACGGGAUUUACGUGAGGAACAAAGGGAGGUGCUUAAAGAUAGGGAUACCAUGGCAGCCAAUAUGUGGAGAAAUAGGCAUAAUGUUAGACGUGGUUGAUUUUUUUCAAGCUUUAUGUAUGAGUUUGUUGAUUCUAAGUUGCAUUGCCACUUAGAAGAACAACUUGUGUGUUUUCUUUCUUCAACUUGUAACUAUGAUUUAUUUCCCUUGGUACGAGUGGCAAUGCGAUAUGCAUCUCAGA